UUAAACAAACCAUCAGGACCUCUUGCCGAUUGGACUCGAUAUGAUGUCCCGAACGCCCCUGAGUAUAUUACAUUUCUGCGGAAUUUCGACUGGUCACAAACAACCAUUGGACCAAUGAGCAACUGGAGUUCUGCCACUCGACGACAUGUGUACUACAUGAUGAACAAUCCAUUACCUAGGUGUAUGUAUCUAGGCUAUGACGAUCCAACCAUGCUCUACAACGAGGCCACUGCAAGACUGAUAGGAACCCUUCAUCCGGCCGCACUGGGUGUUUCAGGCGCAGUCGGAGCCGGACCAGCGUGGCAAUACAAGAUUCACGCUAUAAAGCAGGUUCUACGGACUGGCGAAGUCAUUCGAGAGCACGAUCACUAUUUUCCAAUCCCUAGUGAGGACCUUGCAUUAGAGGAGCGCUACUUUUCCUGGUCCAUAUUGCCCAUGCUUGAUGACAACGGUCGUAUAUUCGGGGUGAUGAAGGAAUACAGUGAGACUACGACUAGGGCUAUCAGUGAGAGAAGGUCUAAAACGAUACACAAUGCGGAGCAAAUGCCCCAGGCAGAGAACAUUGCGAUGUUCUGGACCCAGGUUCACGAACUAAUCAUGUCGAAUCCCCAAGACUUCCCAUUCUGCCUCAUGUAUUCCGCUCCUAAAGACCCGCAACCGGAAAAGCUAGGAAGCUCAUCCAUUGAGGAUACCAUACCAGGACCAUUCAAGCUCGAACGCCUUGUUGGCUUGGAGGAAAGCAAUCCUUUGGUUAUCAACGAGCUCGAUAUCACGGACCUUGCCUAUCCUCUUGCGAAACAAUUUCGAACAGCAUGGAUCAACAGGAAACCGGUGCUUCUCCAAACAAAAAAUCACACUUUGCCUGAAUGCCUGGCGGUCAGCAUACCUGGACGGGGCCAUGGUACAGUCUGUCACUCUGCUGUUCUCUAUCCAAUAAGCCGAUUGGAUGGCCCUGGUACCAUUGGAUUCUUGCUGUUAGGACUAAAUCCCCAAAGACCCUACGACGAUCCAUAUCGAGGGUUCAUCAGGCGACUUCUUGAUCAUCUCGUAAGAGGAGCAGCCACAGUUCUGUUCUCGGAAACAAAGGAGGAGCUAUUGCAGCAAAUGCGUAAAGCGAAAGACCAAGAACGAGUAUUCUCAAGGCUGGCAGAAGUUGCGCCUGUCGGUCUGGCCAUGCUGGAACCUUCAGGCAUCCCGAUAUGGAUGAACCAUGAAUACAAGAGCCUCACUAACAUGCAAGAAGACCGCAGCUCACCCCGUGGAUGGCAAUCUCCCAUUCACCCUAUCGAUCGCCCCAAACUCAUGGAAAUUCUUGCCAACUUAGUCUCCUCAGGCAAAGCCGAUACUAUCUGCUUUCAUUUCCGCGUGCAAACCGAUCUAUCCGUACCAGUAGAGCAAGAAGCUCCUGGAAAGUGGCGAUGGCUUCUUGCUACAGCAUCUACAGAUCUGGACGAGUCUGGCAGUGUUAUCAGGGUAACGCAUGUCCUGGUCGACAUCACCCCGGCUAAGGAAGCAGAGGCACAACAAGGAAAGAGGCUUGAGGACGCUCUUGAAACUAAACGACAAAGUGAAAACUUUAUCGACAUGACUUGCCACGAGAUGCGCAAUCCCCUCUCCGCCAUAAUUCAGUCUGCCGACGGCGUCAUUACAGCACUGGAUCCAAAUACACGAGCCCUACAACCCAUUUCAGGAGAUACACAGGCUGCAGUCCUCGACUCGGCGCAAACCAUCCUGCUCUGCGCACAACACCAGAAAAGAAUCGUCGACGAUAUUCUCACCCUUUCCAAACUCGACUCUAACCUACUCCUAAUUGCUCCCGAGCGUUCUCGACCUGUUGCUCUGGUAGAGAAGGCUCUUCAAAUGUACGAGUCCGAGCUAGCGGAGGCUAAGAUUACCGCCAGUCUCGUCGUUCAAGAGUCAUAUCGGAGUCUUGGGAUUGAUGUUCUUCUCCUUGACCAGGCACGGUUGUUGCAGGUGCUCAUCAAUCUCCUCACAAAUGCCAUUAAGUUCACAAGGAAGGCUCAUGCCAAGCGAAUCACCAUUUUCCUGGCAGCAUCCACAACACCACCUUCAGGCUCAUCUAGCCUCUCGUUCAUUCCUCAACGUGCUUCGCGGGUCGACAUACUAUCAUCAAAUGAGUGGGGGAAAGGCAAAGAAGUAUACCUCCAAUUCGACGUAUGCGACACUGGAAAGGGCCUUACAGCAGAAGAAUUAAAACGGCUCUUCCUCAAAUUCUCCCAAGCAUCUCCAAAGACAUACUCCCAAUACGGCGGCUCCGGGCUCGGCCUCUUCAUCUCUCGAGAAUUGACCGAACUGCAAGGCGGCCAGAUCGGCGUGCACUCAAUCGCAGGCCAAGGCAGCACUUUUGCCUUCUACAUCAAAGCCCGACAGUACCGACCUGAAUCUCCGUACGAGGAGACUUUCUGCGACGAAUCCGCUCCCGGCGUUCGACCCGUUAAGAAAUCUCUGUCAGCAUCUCUUGCAUACGACGACGCCGCGCGACCCGAAGAGCAGUGCGGGAAACUGCACACCGUUCUUUUACCAACAGACCUCCACAUCCUACUCGUCGAAGACAACCUCAUCAAUCAGAAAGUCACAGCGCGGCAGCUACGCAAUAUCGGCUGCACAGUGCACGUCGCGAAUCAUGGGCUUGAGUGUCUCGAUUUUCUGGAAAAAUGCUGCUAUUAUCGGGGAACCCCUAAACUCAUGGUGAAUGACGAGGAGCUGGCGGAGUCUGCUUCGAGCACCCAUGCACUCCCGCUAUCAGUCAUUCUCCUCGACCAGGAAAUGCCGCUUAUGGAUGGGCUUACCUGCAUUCGUCGGAUCCGCGAGAUGCAGGGGAAUGGGGAGUUGAUGGGCCAUGUACCAGUGAUAGCGUGUACGGCAAAUGCUAGGAGGGAGCAGGUUACGAAAGCUUUGGAUGCGGGAAUGGACGAUGUCAUUACAAAGCCCUUCCGAAUCCCCGAUCUCCUCCCAAAGAUCUAUGACCUAAUC